GAUUUUCACCAGAACAAAAUCAAUGAGACGACGUUGAAAAAAAAGAAUUUGAAAAUUCUUGGUCUGAGUGGUGUGAAUGUUUUUGGUUUCGUGAUUUCUGGUUUAAAAAAUCAAGUUUUAGUGGUACGAACUAAGGUAGAUAAUAUUUGUAUGCAAUCAUUUAACGGAAGCUUGCAUUAAAAGUUUAAGUCGCGAUUUAUUUUCGUGGUUUUGAUUUCAGAUUCCGUUUCGGCACAAGCUAUGCGCAAUCAUCGGAUGCGUUAAUCUCAGUUUUGCCGUUCAAUAUCUCUCCACGCACAAAUCUAGAAUCGAAAUCGAGAUCAGGCUAUGCCACUAUUUGGUAAGAAGGACUCUGGAAAGAAGGCCAAGGCGAAGGAUGUGAAAGAGCUGAACAAGCAAGUGUCAAUCGAGGAAAAAUAUAAUCUGCAUGGCCUACUUGGAACCGGCGCCUUCUCGGAGGUGCGUUUGGCAGAGAGCAAGGAUACGCCCGGUGAGCAUUUUGCAGUCAAAAUUAUCGACAAGAAGGCCUUGAAGGGUAAAGAGGAAUCAUUGGAAAAUGAAAUACGAGUGCUGCGAAGGUUCAGUGCAAAUCAUUUCGAUGCCAACUGCCCGAACGGAGCGCGGCUCACUCAUCCAAAUAUUGUGCAACUUUUGGAAACUUAUGAGGACAAAUCGAAGGUGUACCUAGUAAUGGAAUUAGUCACUGGUGGCGAGCUGUUUGAUCGUAUUGUGGAAAAAGGAAAUUACACUGAAAAGGAUGCGACCGAUUUGAUACGACAAAUACUUGAGGCCGUUGACUACAUGCACGAACAGGGCGUUGUUCACAGAGACUUAAAGCCAGAAAACUUGCUCUACUACAGUCCAGACGAUGACAGCAAAAUUAUGAUCAGCGAUUUCGGUCUCUCCAAAAUGGAAGACUCUGGCAUAAUGGCCACUGCUUGCGGAACUCCGGGCUAUGUGGCACCCGAAGUUUUAGCCCAAAAGCCAUACGGCAAGGCGGUUGAUGUAUGGAGUAUAGGUGUUAUAUCAUACAUUCUGCUUUGCGGUUAUCCGCCUUUCUACGACGAGAAUGAUGCUAAUCUGUUUGCCCAGAUUCUUAAAGGUGAAUUCGAGUUUGAUUCUCCAUAUUGGGAUGAGAUUAGCGAUUCGGCUAAACAUUUUAUCAAGAAUUUAAUGUGUGUGGCUGUGGAGAAGCGUUUUACAUGCAAACAAGCACUAGCGCAUCCCUGGAUAUCUGGAAACGAGGCAAGCAGCAAGAACAUUCACGGCACUGUGUCAGAGCAGCUUAAGAAGAACUUUGCAAAGUCUCGUUGGAAGCAAGCAUAUUAUGCAGCCACUGUGAUUCGACAAAUGCAGCGUUUGGCGCUUAGCAGCAACAGUGGAGCCUCAACUGAAACUGCCGGCAAUGGCAGCACACGUGUUGACGCGGCAACAACCAUGGACGGAGCCACAUCCAUGUCGGGUGGAAGUGCACCUAUAUCAACCUUCGAGCCAUCAACACACCUCAGCACACAACUUCAGAGCGAGCCGACUGUGGAGCAACCAUUGUGUCCAACGACCGCAAAUAUGAAACCAGCGCACGAUAUCAACAACCACCAAAGAAUCUCGCCAAAUUGUAGUGGCAGUGGCCAAACGAACUAAAAUAUUCAUAUAAGUUAGUUAAAUAUAUGUAAAGUACUUUAUCAUGAA